GAAACACUGUCGUUGGGUUACACACACACACACAGAGCAGAUUUAACAGCGAGGUGUUUGUGAGUGCAGCAGAUCUGGAGCAGGAUGUUCAGCAGAGCAGCUCCCACUGAAGGAAUCACAGAUGACUCCGUCUCCUCCUGUCCCGAAACCUCGGGCUCGUUACACGAGGGACAGUCUGAGGAACAUGUCCUCUUUGGACAAAGACGUGACUGAUGAGAAUCAACCAGCUUUUUCCAGUGAUGUUCACCUGAGCGCAGGUGAAAAUGUGGCUCCUCCCACCGCCUCGGAUCAUGGCGUAGUCCUCCCGACUCUGGCUGGUGUCGCUGACAUCAUCGCUGCCAACGUCCCAUCACUGGCUGGAGUUGCUGCCACAAUCGGAGGCUCCUCGCCCCCAGCCCCCUCUGCCCCAUACAUAGAUGACAUGGCUAACAGCAUCACUACCCGCACACCUAGCUUAGCAGGCCCUGCUAGCACAGUAGCUAAGCCUGCUGAUACGUUAAACUCCACCACUUCCACCAGCCCUGUACCUGCUGCUCACACAGGUGCUGCUAGCUUAGACAGCAUUGUUGGCUCAUUAGCUAACAUACCCUGUUUAGCAGGGAUUAUUAACAAUGUGGCUAACCCCACUGUUUGCUCCACCCCGUUAACCUCGCCCCCCUCUGCUGGUAAACCCCGACCCCCAUCUUUGCCAAGAACUGGAGUUCCUGGAGUCCAUCACACAGAUGUUGGGGCACUGUCACAGCUGGUGAUGUCAACUUUGGACCAGACUGCAGGAGUCUCAUUGCCUCCAGGAGGAGCCGCAGAUCUAGCAGAUCAAGUUUUAAAUCCGUCUCCCAACAACGUCAAAAGAGAAAAUCCCUACGUCACCGUGUUGGCUUGCUGGGAGGCUGAGGAAGCUGAUUCAGAUUCAUCCAAUGAGGAAGAUACAGGAGUGAGCCUUCCCCUCUCUGGAGCUGAUGGACCAAAGGAAGGAGAACCUGCUUUCAACCUGUCUACAAACACUAAUGACAUCCCGACCAGUCCUCCAGGUCGUAUCGUCCCCACUAGGCCACCCCCGCCCCCUCCUCGUCCUGCUGGCCAAUCAGAAAGGCCGAGGAAACCUGAGAAACAGAAGAUCCCAAGAGCGGCCACGAUUCGAGUGUCGAGGAAGAAGGGGGGCGGCGGGAGCUCAGCUCCACAGAGCGCUGUGGUCCGAUCCAGCUGGCUGGACGUGUGGAAGGGCUUCAGGCAUAAUGUUUUAUGGGCGACAUUUGAUGGACAGCUGAUGUCUCUGUGGAAAAAACGCACAGACCGGUUCAGUGAGGUGUUGUUUCACGUCUCCAGUAUCACCAACGUGAAGAAACAAGACAAACGAAGAUUCUCUGUUUACUUCAGGAAGAAACAUUAUGACUUCAUGGCUCAUAGUGAUGAGGUUCACGAUGGUUGGGUCACAUCCCUGCUGGCGUCCCGCGGCCAGCCGAGCCCCACGCCCGCCGAAUUACAUGGACAAAUAACUAUCAGAGACCCGCGGAGCCGCGUCUAUGGCGCCAUCUGGGGCCACGACCUCUGGAUUUACCCCAACAAAGAGGGAUAUCAGCUGGGCAUUGCCUCCUUCUCUGUCCCUCUGAACAUAGCCACAGUCAAAUCUUCAGGAAAACACUCAUUUACCCUCAUCACUCCAUACAAGAGCUUCAACGUGUCUGUUGACUCAUCAAAGGACCUGUCUCUGUGGUUGGACAGUUUGUCCUCAUCUAUCCGCAGUGCUCUGUCCUGCAGCCAGGUGGCAACCCGUCUCUGGGAAAACCCUAAUAACAAGAUCUGUGGUGACUGCGGCUCGGCCAAUCCCGAGUGGGCGUCAGUCAACCUGCUGCUGGUCAUCUGUCAGGCCUGUGCAGGUCAGCAUCGAGCUCUGGGCAGCAGCCUGUCGAAGGUACGCAGUCUGAAGAUGGACAACAAGGUCUGGACUGAGCCGCUCAUACAGCUGUUUGUUACCUAUGGAAACUGGCUGGCCAAUCAGGUAUGGGCUGCAGCGGUGCCAGCAGCAGAACAGCUGCUUCCUGAGUCAUCUGAUGAGGAGAGGUCAAAGUUCAUCCAAGAUAAAUACAGCAGGGGGCGCUAUAGACAAGUUCACCCUCUGACGUCCUCCGACUCUCUGAUGUUCCAGAGACUGUGUGAGGUGGUCUGUUCUGACGCCAUCGAAGAAACGAUGUCUCUGAUCUGCUCAGGAGCAAAGGUGUGUCAGUCAGACCCUCAGAGCCCCUCCCCCAUCCUUCUAGCUGAGAGGGUAGGUCAGGCUCUGCAGGCCGAGCUACUCCGACUCAAUGAGUACACAGAGGUUUUGCUGUACCAGCCCCAGUCAGAUAACAAGAGACCUGACUCCGCCCCCUCAGGUGAGGAAGAGGAGGAGCUUCAUGGGAAAUUGGAGGAAGAUCGUUUUCUCUUCUCGUUAGAAAAUGAUUCAGCUGCGUGUGACGUCCUCGACCUGCGAGAAGUUCUGUCUGUCUUUCUCACAGAUGGAGCAGCUCCUCAGUUUGAGAUGGUGACUCUGAGUGAUCAGCUGAUCUGUGCAGCUGAGGAUGACGACGCUCUGCUGACGCACCUGGGUCACAUACUGAAGGUGAUUCUCCCAGGGGGCGUGUCUUAUGCAGAGGUGGGUUGGGCUUCUGCAGUCAGUAAGGUGUGUGUAGUUGAAGUGGGUGGAGCCUCGAGUCGUUCUGAUGCCUGGGUGUUAUUGUGGGAGGAUGGAGUCAGUGUUCACCCCGUCCACAGUCACUUACAACAGGCUCUGAGGAUGGAACUGAGCACGCUCCGUCACCACGAAAUGGAUCCAUCUGAAAACAUCAUCACCAUGGUAACUGCAGACAGGAACGUGUGUUUGCGUUUUACGGAGCCGUACAGCUGUCGGUCCUGGUUCCACCACCUGCAGAGAGCUCUGACCAAUCACAGCUCAGCACCACACUGUCCUCCCGCAGCCAAUCAGAGCUCAGCUUCUCAGUCUCUGUACCCUGUGGACGUGGGGUCGAGAGGUUCCGUACCACUGGGAAUCGAACGCUGUAUCUCCCACGUCACGGCUCACGGUCUGAAGGUGGAGGGCGUGUACCGCCGCUGUGGCCUGGUUACCAAAGUGAACCGAUUGGUGGAGGCUCUGUUAAAAUCACCAAGGUCCGCCCCCUUGGAGAGCGACGAGCAGGGCGUGCUGGACGCUGCCUCCGCCCUCAAACAGUACGUUCGUCAGCAGAAGAGUCUGAUCCCUGACACACGGCCGUGGCUGCAGGCUGCAGUGAUUUCAGAUCAACGUUCCAGGUUUAAAGCUUACCGACGGUUACUAUGGCAACUCCCUGACAACAGCCGAGCUACACUGAGCGCUCUGUUUGGACACUUCUACAUGGUCCAGAUGUUCUCUCAGGUCAACAAGAUGUCGGCGCAGAAUCUGGCCGUGGUUUUGGUCCCAUCUUUGUUUCAGACUCUGAACCAGGAUCUGCUCAGACUCACCAGAGAGUUCAUCAUCCACCACACUCUGCUUUUCCUGAAACCAGAGGACGGAGAUAAAGAGGAAGAGGAACAGAUCACUGUCUUCUGAAGGAGGAGGAUGAUGAAGAUUAACAAAGAUCAGCUGUUUUCAGCUCGUGAUCGUGUGUUUGUGUUUAUCAUCAUGUACUGUAGCAAUCAGGCAGUGGUGUGCUUUGGUGUGUGUGUGUGUGUGUGUGUGUGUGUGUGUGUGUGUGUGUGUGUGUGUGUGUGUGUGUGUGUGUGUGUGUGUGGACAGGUGAAUUCACCACGUGUGAAAACUAAAGUUCAGUGAUGAAAAUAUGCAGAUGUGUCCUGAUCAAAGAGAAGUUCCAGUUGGAAGAUUGUGAUGUUGUAUUAAUGACUGCAGAUCACUGAAGAUGGUACUUGUGGUUGGAUUGUAACCAUGUAAACAGAUGUUGUGGAGGAUGUGAUGCUGUUGUAAAAUGACCAGUAGUUGUAGGAAUGUUAUUUUACUGUAGAUGAGCUCAGGUGGAAUGAUUGAGUUUCUAAAAGCUGUUAUUUCUCACACAUUUACACUUUUACUUGAGCUUCACUUUUCUUGGGAUCAAGAUUUUUCUCAUUAUCAACACAAACAUGUAGUUUGACUUUGGAAAACGUAUAAAGUCGUCAGCUAAAGGAAAA